AUGGUUGAUAAAGAUAUUUUCUGUAAAUAUCAUGCAAUUUUAUAAAAAGUGACAGUUCAUAUUCAUGAUAAUGUGUUAACAAUACAAAUUACCUAAGAUUGGCAUAUUGUUGGAAUUAAUAACAUGUAUGAUAUCAUCAAAUGUGAUGAUUAUAUUGUACAAUUUGCAAGCUAGGCCUAAUAUAAUUCAAAUUCACGAAAACAAGGUGAGAUUAAUCAUAUCCAGUACAAAUUUUAACCUACGUGGUCAGUCUCUUCCAAUUUAGCCACACAACUUAUCGAGCAAAUUUUUCUCUUUUCAAAAGUCCUUGGUAUUUCUAACAUCAAGAAAUUCUUUGUAUUCAAGGAGAUUGAUUAUGAGUGGGCAGAAAUCGAAAAUGUACAAAUUAGCAGUUGCAAGUACUUUAUUAGCAUGCAAUAAACUACUAAGAUUGCAAGCUAUACAUUGAUUUUGAUUAUAUAAACCCACUUAUCGGACAUUGAGACUGAACUUCAUAUAUGAAGUCCAUUUUCUAGGCAGAUCCUAUGAAACAAGUUUAACAAAUUAAUUAUAAGUGAGUUGAUAUAAAGCAUUAAUAAACUGCAAAGAUUACAGCAUAUCAGUUCAUUAAAUGAGAAAUAGUUACACAUUAGACAGAAAUUGCAUAAUUUUUAUAGAUCAAAACUUUCUCAAAAUUUUAAUCAAAUGUUAGGCUAUGUGGAAGCUGAUGUCAAUUUUUUAUUAAUAGAUAAAAGAGAAUCAAGUGAAGUUUGAUUCGAAUUGUCACAAUUAAUUCAAGAAAAGAG